GUUGUUCCUUUGCUACUUUCUACAUACCAUUGUUUUUUUGCCUCCCGGUUCAUUUAUUAAUAGAACAAGUAGAGAAUCUCCUAUACACAAAAGAAUAACACAAUGCUGGGAUUGUUGAAUUGCCAUGGACUCCCUUUGUCACCAUUACCUUCAUCAAUCUUGCUGGAGGUGUUUGAACAUGUGAAUCAAUAUGACUUGGUAAACCUUCUGUUGGUAAAUAGUGUGUUCUAUGAGCUUUCAAGUGCAAGACUAUACAAGAAAAUUACUGUGAUAUUAGAUGCCGACUUCCCUUGUCAAUACCGAGAUUCCGCUACUUCCUUCGUGGAGGACAAUGGGAUCACCAAUAUGGAUACAUCAUUGAUUUUCGAUCUAGCUAAACUUUACCAGCUUCAUUCGACAUUUACCAGAAACCCUGCCUUGAUAAGGAAAGUGCGAUAUUUCGUGUUUGACAAAUGCUCCCCAACAGGACAUGAAGGUGAUGAUUUGGAUAUCACCCUUUCUCAGUUCAUGGAUAUUCUUGAAUCAUCCAAUGUUUCCUCAUUAAAUUUACUCCAUAUCACUUUCAUUGACUUCAUUUCAGGGAUAGAUAAAUUGACUCUGUUUAUGAAGAACGACAAAAUUCGGAAACGUCUCUGCAAAUUAUUCAUCAAUAAACUUGGGGAUUUAUAUACUCCGAUUGUUCCUCAAGGGUUAACGAAUUUAUUUCUCAUGUUGGACGAAAGAGAAUUGAUGGAAAUUGAAGAAAUAGAUUUAAACUCUGAAAGUUUCGAAAUACUUAAUUCUAUCCAACAUUUAACGUGCCUGACUAAGGAACAUCUAGGAUUAGAUAUUCUUCGGAAAUUGAAACUUCGAUUCAAUGAUCAAUCAUCAAAGUUGAAAUUAAAAGGAUUCACUGCAUUUCAUUGUCACAGAGAUAACGAGGAGAUAAUACGAGAACAUCAAGAAGACGAACAAACUCAAGUACAAUUUCCAGAGUCUAUGAGCUAUCUUGAAAAUAUGUCGAAGAAUUUAUGUUUCAAUACAAUUUCUUCGAAGAUUGAUAUAUCAUAUUUAAGUCAAUUAUUUCUCAAGAUUGAUUGUAAUGCUGACAGAGUUGAUGCUUGUGAUUGUUUCCCAACCUUUUUCGAUGACCUCACAAAGUACCUGGUGGGAAAUGGAGGUUUACCCAACUUGGAACGAUUUCAAUUGGAGCUUUUCCCCAAUUUGGAAUGGCUUAGACCACACCAAAUUCUUGAAAGUAUACUAACACCUUUGGGUACAUUCAUAAAGUCGUUGGCUAGCUUAUCCAGACUUUCUAUCGAUUUUUCAACUUUAGGAUUCAAAAUGUUUGACAAUGGUAUGGGGAUGAGCAGUUUAUUAUUGAAUAAAUUGAAUGAAAGAUUAAUGCAGGCGUUUUUCUUAUCGUUUUUCAUCACUUCACCAACCGAAUCUAUAUCAUCAUCAUACACUAUAUCGUCACCAGUUACCGAAGGAGGAGACUUACUGUGUAUUAUGGCAAAUUUAAAAACAUUACAAUUACCCGACUUCUUAACAUCUUUCAUCUAUUAUAGACCAGAGUUCUAUGAAUCCUUACUACACACAUGUCCUUGUUGGGGCUGCCAACUUGUGUUAGAUAGAUUGAAAGAAUUGUUCAUUCCUCUUGUUUCUGAGAAGGAUGAUGGAGAACAAGAGGAUGAAACUGACGAGGGUUCAUUAGAUGAUGAGUCAACAUAUUACCUUUUGAUUGGAUUUAUUCUUGGGAAACUUCAAGCUGAUAGAGAAGUUUGCAUACCUAUCAAACGGGACUCAUAUAAGUUUGACAAUUACCCAAUCUAUAAAGGUCAACUGCAUACCCUACACACCCAAUUUCAUUCUGAUGAAAACUGUCAGUGUUUUGGAGAUCACAAUAUUCCAGACAUUGAUAGUUUAACUACAACUUAUAUUACACAUCAAAUACGACCAAUAUUGAAUUAUUUAAGCAAGAUUUUCUAUAAUUUGGAUACAUUAAUGAUUCAUGGUAUAUUUUACAAGAAAACAGAUGAAGGGAGAAUGGUAUCUAUAUAUGAUGAAGAUGAAUAUCCUGCGCUGUUUUUAGCGUCACGUAAAACUGAAGAUGGGGGCGAGAGAAGGCCAAAAAUACCCUUUGGUAAGUAUACGAAAAUAUUUUAGAAUCUAAGUAGAAUUCAUUAAUUAUUAUUAUUAUAUUCGUAUUUCUAUGUACAUGAAGAUUGGAUAUUGUAUCGAGGCGAUGGUAAAUUUAGUGACAAG